GUUCCAGCAAAUAAUUGCCUUGGCUUAUUUUCCCUUUCUAUACCCCUUCCCCGUCAGCCUGGUUGAUCAGAAAAUUCCCUCUCGGAUCACGCGAACCUCUUGGAGUGCUGGUAUUAAGUAAAAACCUCGAUGGCGGUUUCUCUUAUCUAGUGCUAAGUUCGCGUCGCCGUUUCAUCUUCCGUCUCCCCGGGACCAUGCCUUAACCGCACCCCGAUAUCUUUCAAGUUUGGGAAAUCCAGGGCUCUUCCCAUCAUGCUUGCCUCCCUUCUCCGCCCAAAGAAACGUCGAGUGUACGCAGAACGCUCCCCAUUCUCGUCGCCCUAUACAACUCGAGAUCUACCGUGGCCAUUCCUUCGGCGCGACUCCGAAGCGAGAUACGAGGGGCUUCAGGGGAAUGAUGAUGUCGACGAGUGCGCCGACGACGGGGAGGAGGAUGAAGACGAGGACGAAGAUGACGGCCCUUUCGAAUCCAGUCCCCUACUGCCCAUCUUCUCAGCCUCUCAUCUAGAUACUCUUCCCGUUUAUGAUAUCACCCACGCCAUUCGCGCACUGAUCGCAGUUCGCUGCGAGACCACAUUGUCCUGGGAUCAGUUACGGUCGCCCCAAAUCUCCCAAUUUCUGGUAAAACCAAUUCAGCAACAGAUUAGAACGUUUCACUUCUCCCGGGCCACAUUAUAUGCGUUGUUGGCCAAUUGUUUGCAAUUUAGCAAAGAAGUGCAUCUCAACCCCGGCAAUAGUGGCACCAGUCAGACCAGGGCUAUGGUGAGUGAGCUUCUUGCCAUAAAGUUGCUGAGAGAAUAUACCACAAGAGAGUUGAUUGAUGCCCUCUCGUAUGAGUUCUAUCCUCUUCAGGGCCAAUCACUUUCUGGGGAAUCCCAACAAACCCCGGGCUGGGCUUCUACCGCGGGAAACAAACGGCUGCCUGGGGUGGCCCGUAUCUCUUGUCUUGAAAUAGCUAUCCGUGCCCAGUCGAAACGGUUUCUAUCUCACCCACUUGUCGUACAACAGCUGGAGGCGAUUUGGGCAGGCACCAUUGUUUUCCAUUCGGCUGCAGACUAUCUCCAUCGCUCCCCGGUGCGAGUAGGUAACAGUGGAGGGCCGACCUAUGGUACUACCGCUACAACCACUACCCCCAAUCCGUUUGCUAGCAACUCGGGCCCUAGACCGGCGGAGUUACGACGCUCAGUGACUCUCUAUGAUCCGAGAGAUGCUUCCCUAUUCAAACUCUCUAGACUGAGGGUCCCUCGGUACAGACAAUUUCUUUCGACAUUGUCGUUUGCCGUUUUGCUGGCGUUGUUCCUUGCUGUUCUGCAGCAGCGACGUGUGCAUAUUAGCCCACUCGAGGUGGUGUUCUGGUUUUGGAGCGCAGGUUUCAUGCUUGAUGAGCUUGUUGGUUUCAACGAACAGGGCUUCAGCUUAUAUCUCAUGAGCUUUUGGAACCUGUUUGACCUCGGUAUUUUGUUUCUUCUCUUCUGUUACUAUUGCCUACGGCUUUAUGGUGCUUUUAUGCCGUUCACUCGCAAGCAAGCAGUUGCCGAUCAAGCAUAUGAUAUCCUAGCUGCAAACGCUGUCCUCCUAUUCCCUCGGCUUUUCUCGAUUCUGGACCACUAUCGCUACUUUUCGCAAUUGCUGAUCGCGUUCCGAAUUAUGGCUUCGGAUUUGGUAGCUGUGUUCUUCCUGAUCAUAAUUGCCUGCAGCGGCUUCUUUGUCGCUUUCACCCUGUCCUUCGGAAGUGGUGGAGAUCACUCUCCUGGAUCCGUUGCGUAUGCUUUAUUCCAAAUGUUGAUGGGGUUUACUCCAACCGCAUGGGCUCUCUGGGAGGAUUAUAAUGCACUGGGGAAGACCAUAUUGACGGUAUUUUUAUUCAUCUGUCAUUUUGUUGUGGUUACCAUUCUGAUCACUGUUCUCACCAAUUCUUUCAUGGGCAUUGUGCAAAAUGCCAAUCAAGAGCACCAGUUUUUGUUCGCUGUUAAUGCCAUCUCCAUGGUGAAGUCGGACGCUCUAUUUUCCUACGUGGCGCCGACUAACAUUCUGGCUUGGCUUGUCACGCCUCUCCGUUUUAUAAUGCCCUUUAGACAGUUUGUACGCCUCAACCGUACAAUCAUCAAGAUCACCCAUCUGCCCAUUCUAUUUACUAUCUGCCUUUACGAAAAGACGAUCCUUAGCUCCACAGUGAUCGAACCUACAGACCUCAUCGAUUCCCAUACUCGCGCGGGGACGUCCGCUCGCGACCGUGUUCCCCGAAAUAGUCGCUUCAGGCCUUUCAGCUCUAAAGCGCCUCGACUUGCUCGGGAACCUUCCGUGGCAACUUAUCAGAAGGACCGUGCAUUGGAAGAGGUGUUCCGACGACCAUUUCACGAAGAGAUCACCAUGGAACCUGUCCGAGAGAUGGAUCAAAGGAAGAGCACUAAGCUUGUCAAAAACUGGAUGCAGGCCAUGGGCCCUCAUCCGGCCAAUCCGCCCGAUGAGCAGGACUCGGACGAGGUCAGCCGACUUGAGAAAAUACCCCAACGGCCACGAUAUACCACCCGCAGGAGGCUCACCCGAAGUCUGCGGGACUUUACGGAAUCGAGCCGCUCUGCCGUCUCUAACCCCAAAGAUCAUGUUGCUUAUGUCGUAUCUUCACCAGCCACUCCUCGUGCUGGAAGAGAUUUCAUGGCGCCGACGCGAAGACGGCAGCUUUCGCGUCAUACAGGCAUGGAAGGCGAUGACGAGCUCACAAGCGAUGGCCAUGAAGAUCAGUCGAACGGGAGAAGCUCCGAUGACGAAGGCGUCCCAAAUGUUGAGAGCCCUGGUAAAGCGACGCCGAAGUUUUACAGCUCUCGACCAUCAACAGCGAAGAUCAAGUCCCGGAGAAGUAGCCCGGCCCGGCGUGCCAAGCACCAUUCACGGAGCUAUUCAGGCGCCACCAUGCUAUACAGACCUCUUUCUACAACGAGCAAUGGUGAAGAAACUGAAGCACAAUCGACCCCUAUUAGGCCUAGAGCAGAAACACUGGAUCACACAGAUUGGGUGGCUAGGUCGACAUCUGCCGACCGGUGGGCCACGAGAAGGCAUAGUACAGAUGGUCGAAGUCGAAAUGUAACGAUGCCCAUCUCGAAUCACAUGUCUGUGCCAGAAGUCGGUCACUACUUAAUUCCCGGCCAGCGAUAUAGGGACCGAGGCCCAGAAUCCAUCCUUCAUGGCUUAGGCUCUGAUCUGGGAGACAACAAGGCGAUUGCGAACGGCUUCAUCGGGGGCGUGCCUUCAAGUUUGACGACUCAGAUGGCAUACGCAACCGGUGGUAUGCGCCCACCGGACAGCUCUCACAGUAGCCAGGACAUUCUCAGUAAGCUCGUCCUUGCUCGCAUGAACAAUAUCGAGGAAGGGUUCCGCGAAGUGAUCAGAGAAAUGAAAGAUCUCCGACGUGAAGGUACAAGCCGGAGCCAGAGCGGGCCAGAUGAAUCGAAAGGGAACCAACGCGAGAAGAAGAGAUGCGCGGAGAAGAAAGGGAAAAAGCCCCAACCUGGGUCCCGAAGAAGCAAGACCAGCAGUGAAGGCCAGUUGUCAGAUACGACAUCCGAGACGUCGCAACGGAGGAUCGCAUAGAAAAUAAGUGGUAAUGUUUAGAUUUGAUUGUUUCACUUUCUGCUGUAUUCUACGGAGGAUGUUUUGAUAUUUUGUUCUGCUGAUGUAUAUUUAUUCUAUCCCCUCCUUGCUGCAUAAAACGAAUGGGUGGCUGUUUCAUAUAAUUGGAUUCAACCUGCAACUUGAUAUCCGAUGUUUCCCUC